AUGGACGGUGUCAACGAUGCGCCAGACUCAAUCGUCACUGUGCUUCUCCAGACAGCUCGCGCAGCAAUGCAAGCAUCAGAAAUGCCUUCUCCUUCUACAGUCAGUAAUACUUCGUCACAACCAAGCGCUAUACCUGAACCUCUCAACAGCUUUAUCACACGGGGAUUUCUCAGUAUCACUGAGGGCGAAGAGCUACUCCUGAAGUUCCGCACGGAUUUGAUGCCCCUGUUUCCAUUCGUCAUUGUACCUGAAACAAGCUUUGUCGAGCUGGGCAAGCAGUCUCCAUUCCUCCUCCAGUGCGUAAUAACAGCCUGUCUCGAGCACAAGCCCGAUCUCCAGCAGAAACUAGAACUCGAAGCGCGAGCUGUGAUCUCUACCCGCAUAGUAAUGAACAUGGAGAGAAACAUGGAUCUUCUUCGGGGGCUACUGGUUCAUAUCGCAUGGUAUCACUAUCAUUGGCGCGUUUACCAUACCCAGGUGUACAUGCUUCUACAGAUGGCUAUGGCCAUCGUUGUGGACUUGGGACUGGACAGAUGCGACAACUUCAGGAUGCAGCGCAACUACCCUAGUGAAAAAGAAACAGAGGAACCAGCCAAAGGGCAAGCGUUCUAUCAGACCCCGGACGGACAGCGUGCCUUCCUAGGGUGCUACUAUCUAUGUUCCAAGGCCUCAAUAUUCCGGCGACAGCUCGUUAUGAAACAUACGGACUGGGUUGACUAUUGUGCCAACAGCUUAGGGCAAAGGGCGGAGUAUCCCACGGACCAGUCUCUCAAAGCACUAAUUGAGAUCCAAUCGCUUGCUCGGCGAUCGGAGCUAGAGGUAGAAGACCCUACCCGUGCGAUGAGCAAGGACGAACUUUUUCGCUCUCUGGAGGUACUUGAGAAUCGAAUCGAGCACCUUCUCGUACAGGAAACACAGUGUGAUACCUGGGCCCUGCGUUUAGAGCUCAACGCAAUACCUGCCAUUGUACUCGGCCACGCUCUGCGGCAGCAGAAGGACGGCCAUCGCCAGUACGAGAAACAGCAACUACUGACCAUUGCGCGCUCCGCGUUCAACACCGUGACCGUGUUCCUCGCCUCGCCGGCUUCCGUCACCCCCAACCUUCCCAUGUUCAGCUACACAUCCAUCUGGUACGGCCUGCUGGUGCUAUCGAAGCUGAGCUUACUCUCGGACACCGCGACGAAGGGCAAGGCAGUCGACGUCCACCCCAAGGAUAUCCACAACCUCGGCCUGGCUGCUAUGCAGAAGAUGGAGGCGAUGUCCCGGCAAGACGACGUUUGGGAUAAUUGCCGCGCAGUGAUUGGAUCCAUGCUCUCAUGGUUGGAGAGCAGUCGGGCACAGCCCCAGUCCACCCCAGAUCGAGAAGACACAACACCUUCAUCUAUCCAGCACGCUGAGAACGCUCAUACAUCACCGCAACCAGUACCCGACGACCCCCCUCGAGCCCCAGAAUUCGCGGCGGUGGCCGAAGAUUGGGAUGCGGCCGUGUGGCAGCAGAUGUUGCACGAUUUGACCUGGAUAGGGCUGCCGGUGGAGCAGCCGUUCGCCGUAGAUCUGGCCUGCUUGCCUUGA